AUGAACAUCGCAAUCACCGGGAUGGGGCUGCGCUUCCCCGGCCAAGCGACCAGCCCUGAGCGGUUCUGGGAGAUGCUGGUGCGGGGCGAGAAUGCCUGGUCGCCUCCUUCCCUUCCCUCUCCGCGGGAAGAGGUUCAUGCUUCGAUGUCGAUGUCGAUGUCGAGGGAGAAUGUCACGCAGAUGAAAGGCGGCCAUUUCCUGGCGCAGGAUCUCGCGGCUUUCGAUGCAGGGGCGUUUCGGAUUACCAAGGAUGAGGCGGAGGCCAUGGAUCCCCAGCAGCGGAUUCUGCUGGAGGUGACGUACGAGGCUCUGGAGAAUGCUGGAAUCCCUCUGAAAUCAAUCGCAGGAAGCAACACAGCCGUCUUCGUGGGCAAAUUCACACAGGACUACGAGGCACUGCUUGCAAAACACGGAACACAAAAAGGACGAUACAGCGCCACAGGGACCAGCCACGCCAUCUUGGCAAAUCGCCUAUCGUAUUUCUUCGACCUCAAAGGCCCAAGUGUCACCAUCGACACUGCCUGCUCGGCCAGCUUGGUCGCCCUGAACCAGGCCUGUCAGAGCCUUGUCACGGGGGAGUCGGAGAUGGCGAUUGUCGCGGGCGUGAAUCUGAUCUGUCAGCCUGAUAUGACGGUCUGCUUGGAUAAAUUGGGUGUCUUAUCCCCAGACGGACGCUCUUACCCAUUUGAUGCGUGUGCAGGGGGUUACGGCCGCGGCGAGGGCUGCGCAUGUCUUGUCCUGAAGCGCUCGCACACUGCUGUACAGCACGGCGACCCCAUCAGAGCAGUCAUCCGCAACUCCGGCGUGAACUCGGAUGGACAUACCCCCGGCAUCACAUUCCCCAGCGGAGAGGCCCAGGAGUCUCUCAUAAGACAGACGUAUGAGAAGGCCGGACUCGAUCCCCGGGAUACGAUCCUCAUGGAGGCGCACGGAACAGGCACCAAGACAGGCGACCCGAUCGAGGCUAGAGUCAUCCAUAGGGUCUUUCAAGAGAACCGGGAUAGCAACAUCCCUCAGUACUUGGUGUCUACGAAGGGGAAUAUAGGCCACCUUGAGGGUGCCAGUGGUCUCGCAAGCGUGAUCAAAGCUGUCCUGUCGCUCGAGAAAGGUGUUAUUCCGCCGAACUGUGCCUUUAAGACGCCCAAUCCUCAUAUUCCGUUGGAUGGAUGGAAGCUGCAGAUCCCCACCAAGGCUCAGAAAUGGCCACCUAACGCCGCCAAACGCGCAUCCGUCAGCUCAUUCGGGUUCGGGGGUACCAACGCCCACGUUAUUCUCGAAGCAGGUCAUGGGCCCCGUCAUCCGCCUCCUCAUCCUCACCCAGCCUCAGCAAAUAACCCACCCAACACAUCCAAGCUCGAUAAAUGGAUUUUCACAUUCUCAUCCUACGACAAGACCUCCGGCGCGCAACUGAUCCGAAACAUAGCCGACUAUCUGGCCUCUCGCGAACCCAAAGACACCCAUUUCAUGCACAGCCUCGCCUACACUCUUUCCGAGAAGCGCUCGCUACUCCCCUACCGGUUCGCGGCCUCUGCGUCCACGCCCCAAGAGCUUGCGACGAUUCUGGGCAAGAGUGAUCAGAAACUGCAGAAGCCAGCGAAUACGGCGAACACGGCGAUCGGAUUCGUGUUCACGGGGAUGGGCGCGCAAUGGCCGGGGAUGGGGCUGGAACUGUUGGAGGAUUAUCCGGUCUUUAGAGAGAGUAUUGCCAGGGCGGAUGACUGUUUGAGGUCGUUGUGCUGUUCUUGGACGGCGACAGCGGAAUUAACCAAGAAGAGCGAGGAAAGCCGCGUCAACGAGCCGCAGAUGAGCCAGGUGCUGUGCACAGUUGUACAGAUGGGGUUGGUUGACCUUCUGGCUUCAUGGAACGUGCGUCCAGCAGCUGUCAUCGGCCACUCCGGGGGCGAAAUUCCCGCUGCAUACGCUGCAGGCGGUCUAUCCUUCGAGGCUGCCCUCCAGGUCGCCUACAGUCGAGGCUACCUCAUGUCGAAGCUAGCGGAGAAAGACAAAGACGCCGGCGGAAUGCUUGCCGUAGCUCUCCCGGCAGACCAAGUUCAGCAAUACAUCGCAAAGGUCAGAAAAGGCAAGGUGAGCGUUGCAUGCUAUAACAGCCCCUCAAACGUGACUGUCUCAGGCGACAUCGCUGCGAUCCAAGAGCUCGAAGAAAUUCUAUCAGCUGAGAAAACCAAUGCCUUUACGCGAAGACUCAACGUAAACCUAGCCUACCACUCCCAUCGAGUCGAGCAGAUCGCCGAUCAAUGCCGAGAAGCCCUCCACGACAUCCAGUCUGAAGAGACCGGUCAAGCACGGUUCUAUUCCUCCGUGGAGGGCUCCGAGCUAGGAAUCAGCGCUCUGGGCACCGAAUACUGGGUCCAGAACAUGACGUGCCCCGUCCGCUUUUGCGAGGCGUUGACAGCCAUGUGCCGCGGCUCUGGGAAGAAGCGCAAUGAGCUCGAUAUGCUCCUGGAGGUUGGUCCCCAUUCAACCUUGGCAGGGCCGAUCAGGCAAACGCUGGAUGCGCUGGACACCGGUGGCUCGGUUACAAAGCCCAGGAUCAACUAUGCGUCGUGUCUCGCCCGCAAUAUCGAUGCGGUGUCGACGGUCACUACCGCUGCAAGCUCGUUGUUUAUGGCAGGCUGUGCGGUGGAUAUAUCCCAGGUUAAUCAGCAUCAGCCUGGAGUACCGCCUGAAAUUUUGGUGGAUCUGCCUCCUUAUCCGUGGAAUCAUACUUCGAAGUACUGGUGCGUUUCCACGGGCAAUACGUUGGCGCCUUCAGUCAGCCCAAAAGUCACCGAUGGCCGGAACUCCCAUUUUUAUAAAGGUGAAGAUGAAGCGCAGUACCCUGUCAAGGCCCCCGAGAAAGGGAACCGAGCAGUAGAGCCGCCCUCGCCGGUCCAGAACACUGAGUAUAGUCCUCUCAACCCUCAGAUCCAAUCUGCAGAAGAAAGCAACGGUGCAUCCUAUGAGUUGCAUCGAGCGAUCUGGUACGACAUUGAGGAUGCGGCGCAGGAGCACUACAUCCGGAAGACCGGUUCCAGCGGAGAUCAGGACACAAAUGUAUCACACAUGAUCCAGGCGCUGAACAACGCAGCCGACUUCUACAUGCGACGCGCCUUGGAGUCAAUCACACCAACCGAUCUCGAAAAGUUGUCAUAUCACCAUCGUCUCCUGGUCCAACUUCUCAAAUCAUUCCAAGACCAACCCGAUACCAAACAGUCCACCCACCCUGGCAAUCAAACUCAGACUCUAGACAGCGUGCGAGAUUCAAUCACAGGCUGUGGCGCUGAAGGCAAGAUGCUUUGCCGAAUCGGCGAGAACCUAGCCCGCAUCCUACGCCGUCAAAUCGACCCACUCUCACUGAUGCUCGAAGGCGACCUGCUCUCCGAAUACUACCGCUCCGCCUUCGGCAUCACCAGUUGCCACAAGAAUCUAGCCGCCGUCGUGGAAAGCCUCGCCCUGGACGGCCGGAAACUGAACGUUCUUGAAGUUGGGGCGGGGACCGGAGCGUCCACUCUCGCCGUGCUGCAAGCGCUGAGCAAAGAUGGUGUGAAAGACCUGCCGCUCGCCCGGUAUGACUUUACAGAUAUCUCGCCGGGGUUCUUUGAGAAGGCGCGGUCACUGUUCCGGCCGUGGUCGGAUUACAUGAACUAUAAGGUCUUGAAUAUCGAGGAUUCGGCGCUCCAGGGCUUUCGGAGCGCGGAAUAUGAUCUCAUUGUGGCGGCAGAUGUGAUCCAUGCUACACGGAGUAUCAACAGGACGCUGACGCAUUUGAGAAGGUUGCUGAAACCGGGGGGGAAGCUGGUAUUUAUAGAUCUGACUAAUCCUCCGCUGAGAUGGUCGAUGAUUUUCGGGACUCUGCCUGGUUGGUGGUUAGGCGCGGAAGAGGGCCGCACGAAGGGUCCCGCCCUUAGUGAGUCGGAAUGGAAACAAGCCCUCUGCGACACAUCCUUCUCCGGGCUGGAUGUCUGCGAGAGAGACUUCGCGACGGAGCAUGUCCAUAGCCUGAUGGUCUCGACAGCGGUGGAAGGUCCCCCUUCCCCGUCCAAGUUUCCUCCUUGCCGGAUUGUCGAGUUUUCGAAUGCUGACUCCGACUCUCUCAACACCCUGAUCUCCCUGCUGAAGAAACGGGGCUUUGGAGAGGUUUCAGUCUGCGAUCUCGCCUCUGAUCUGUCCAGUCUAGCAGGGGCAAUAUGCAUACUUCUGGCCUCGCCAGGGAGGGGAAAGGGAGAUGCUGACACAAAGACAUCCCUACAGCAGCUGUCGCAGAUAGCGGGUAAGAGCAACGGACUGCUUUGGGUCACUUGUCAAGCGGACAGCCCCGAGGGCAUACCCGGGGCAUGUUUCGCGAGCGAAUUUGCAGCACAUCUGCGAAAAGAUGGCGCCAACAUCGCGACGUUGAACAUCGAUACGAAGCGGGUGCAUUUCGAUCAUGAGACAUCAGACAUCGUCUCCCAUGUUACGGAAAGAGCGUUUGUCGCCUCAAACCCGCCAGCCUACACGGACUGGGAGUUCCGGCAGAGAGCUGGCCAGGUCCAAGUUCGGCGACGAUCUUCCAUCCCAGUUGCGCAAACGCCUCCGCCACGGGGGGCGAAGCUAUCACCGCAGGUACCGAGGCAUACAGCGUCUCCUGCAGAGAAACAAACUGGAGACCAAGACGAGGUCGAUGCCGUCUAUCAUGCCAUGCUCGGGGAAGUCUCAGUACACCUGUCGUCUCUCGGGUGUCCAGCGAUGGUAGUCGAGCGGGUUCAAACAGUAAGCCGAGUCUUAACCCAAACUUUUAGCUCUCCCCUCAUGAACCUCUGCAGUGCCUCGCAGAAGUCACCAAAGGCGGCAAAAUGA